CCGAUCCACUUCAUUUGAACAAGACGAUGCGAACGGUUCGGCCAAGUGACGUUUCAAUGUGAGUUUACCAGCCGCUAUGAUAACAAGUACCAUAAGUCCCUCUCUAAAGAUCGGCCUCGGUGUGAUCGGAAUGUGGCCCGAUUCUUCGUGCAGAACGUUCUUCUGGUUCUUUUACAUGGCCACUCUUGUCGCCAUGCAAUACUUUCAGUAUUCAUACUUCUUUGCGCGUCUGGGCACAAACGAUUUCUCCAAGUUGAUGGACGGCCUGAGCAUCACUUUGGAUUAUACCCUAACAUUUCUGAAGCUGCUAAGCCUCUGGUACAAUCGUCGAAUAUUUGCAGAUAUUUUGACUGCGAUGAACGAUGACUGGAACAAUUGCUCCACGUAUUCGCACUCGUACGUGAUGACGAGCAAGGCCAAUUUGGCGCAUCGAUGCUCCAACGUUAUGAUAUUCAUUAACAGCUUGUCCACAAUUUUCUACUUCAUUGGCAGCUUUGUGAGUCACCGCACGCUCUCGACGGGUGGUGAGAAAAAUCUCCGGGAGUUUCCGAUGCAGGUACAGUUUCCAUUCGAUGCAGCCACCGACUCGCCGAUCUUCGAGAUCAUCGUUCUGGGAUUGUUUCUUCAUGUGUGGGAAACGGCAGCCGUAAUCGCGCUGCUGAAUUCCUUGAUUUUGACUUUGGUACUUCACGUAAGCGGCCAGAUCGAUAUCAUGUGCCAAGGACUGAGAGAAAUUCCCACUACGAAAAAAUCUCGCUCGUCCGCCAUAAGAUUGCUCAUCGAAAAGCAUCAGAGGAUUAUAUCUUUAUCGAACAAUAUUGAAAAUUAUUUCUCGUUCGUUGCGUUGAUACAAUUUAUAUGGAACACUGUAGUUAUUUGUUCCAUAGGAAUCAUGAUCGUGAUAUCUCUAGGCAUGGACGUGGAGGGUAAAUCCGGAUUAUUAAUACAAUCCAUCAUGCCGUAUAUCGCUGUUACGUUGGAAGCCUUUGUUUUCUGUUUUGCUGGAGAGUACUUGAGUACUAAGAGCAAAUCUAUCAGCGAUGCCGCAUACGAGACACUUUGGUACGAGUUGUCCACCAGCGAGUGUCGAAUCUUAUUAUUGGUAAUCGUCAGAUCUCAAAAACGAUUGACGAUCACGGCUGGAAAAGUUAUGGAUCUGACUUUGGAAGGUUUCACAGCUCUUAUGAAAGCUUCGGCGUCAUACAUGUCAGUAUUGCACGCAAUGUAUUAAAACUGAAAUCAACUUAUCCCAAGUAAUUAACCUCAUUUGUUGAUUAACCAUGUGUAAAAGUACAUAUAAAACAAUAAAAACUAAUAAAAUUAUUAGACGGAUGAACUUAUUUUGUCAUGUCCGCUGGAAAAUGCAAAACGGAAAAUGGACGUUAUGAUUUAACAAGACCUUUGUGUCAGGUUUUAUGCAACAAUACAGAAAUAGAUUAU